AUGAGUGAAUUGAAAACGUACACUAUUGUAAUUAAACUGGGUUCGUCAUCGCUGGUUGAUGACAAGACCAUGGAACCUAAGUUGUCCAUCAUGUCCCUGAUGGUGGAGACCGUAGUUAAACUGAGGAGACAGGGCCACAGAGUUAUCAUUGUUUCUAGUGGUGGUAUUGCUAUUGGUCUUGGUACUUUACAUCUAGGUAAGAGACCUAAAAAGCUUGCUGCCGUUCAAGCCAUCGCAGCUGUUGGUCAAGGUAGAUUAAUUGGAAGAUGGGAUCUACUCUUUUCACAACUGGGACAAAGAAUUGCCCAAAUAUUGUUGACUAGAACUGAUAUUUUAAAUUGGAAUCAAUUUACUAAUGCUCAAAAUACCAUUAAUGAAUUAUUGGAUAUGGGUGUCGUUCCUAUCGUCAACGAGAACGAUACAUUAUCUAUCAGGGAGAUUAAAUUUGGUGAUAAUGAUACUUUAUCUGCCAUUACAGCUGCUUUAGUCGGUGCUGAUUAUUUAUUUUUAUUGACUGAUGUAGACUGUCUAUAUACUGAUAAUCCAAGAACGAACCCUGAAGCCACUCCAAUCUUAAUGGUUCCAGAUUUGAGUGAAGGUUUACCAGGUGUUAAUACCUCUAGUGGUGGUUCUGAUGUUGGUACCGGUGGUAUGGCUACAAAAUUAGUCGCUGCGGAUCUUGCGACAAAUGCUGGUGUACAUACUAUUGUCAUGAAGAGUGAUGUUCCAUCUAAUAUUAAUAAGGUUGUUGAGGAUUUACAAAGGUUAGAUUUGGAUAGUGAUCUUAAUAAGAAAAAAUAUGCAAAUAUCGACUCUAAAGAACUACAACGUUCUGAAUUAGAAAGAUUAACAAAACAAGAAGUUCCUUUACAUACUACUUUCAUUUCUAAUGAUAACAAGCAUCAUUUAAAGAAUAGAGAAUUCUGGAUCUUACAUGGUCUUGUAACACAAGGUGCUAUUAUUAUCGAUAGAGGAGCUUACAACGCAUUAACUAGAAAGAAUAAAGCUGGGUUAUUACCAGCAGGUAUCAUUGAUGUUGAGGAUUCCUUCCAUGAACUUGAAUGUGUUGAGAUUAAAGUUGGUCAAAGAUUAGCUAACGGAGAACUAGAUACAAGUAUCCCAUUAGAAAAUGUCGGUAGAGCGAGAUGUAAUUAUACAAGUAGUGAAAUUUCUCGUAUUAAAGGUUUACAAAGUCAAGAGAUUGAAAAGGUAUUGGGUUACACAGAAGGUGAAUAUAUUGCACAACGUGAAAACUUAGCAUUCCCACCAAACCAAGCAGAUUAG